CUCAGUCUCGAAGAUACGUCCCGAUGAGUAGGACGUAGGAAAAUGGACCUUCGUGUUGGCGGAUAAAAAAAAACGUUCGCGCCAAAAAGUGACAGUGACGUUUGUGUUUUUUUUUUUUUCAACUUAAAAGGGUGCUGUGUUUGAGGAAUAAACUUUUUGUGCUUUGGAUAUUUGCAGCUGGGAAAAUGUUCCCGAGGAGGGGAGCGUGGGUGGUGCUAUGCUGCCUUGUCCUGGUAGCGGCGGAGGAGGCCCCUUCAGGACCCACGAAAGAUGACCAGGACCUCGUGGCCGAGGCUACCAACUCAGGUGCGCAAGCGCAGAAGCGCGAGGCGGGGCUGUCCAACUCGUACGGCGAGCCGCUGCCCUCCGACGCCUACGGGCCGCCCCGGGACUUCCAGAAUAACGUUCCAGAUCUUCCACUCCCAGCGCCGGUGUACGGAGUGCCAGAGCUUCAGAACAACAACAUCUUCCCUCAGGACCCUCCUCCGGGGGCCUACGGACCACCUUCUCCAGUAGUCUUCCCCAGCCAGACCUACGAAGGGCCCCCGCCGCCCAUAUUCAAGCCCAAGCCAAUCUACGGCCCGCCGAAGCACUACGGACCGCCAAAAUCAAGCUACGGGCCCCCCAAACCCGUCUAUGGACCCCCCAAGAAGACCUACGGACCGCCCAAACAGAGUCUCCCAAAACCAACUUAUGGAGUCCCGUUCCAACCACCAAAACUUGCCUUCCCCAAACCUGUCUAUGGAGUUCCCAAACCGAAGCCAGUCUAUGGCCCGCCUAAACCAGUCUACGGACCCCCUAAAGCCACCUAUGGCCCCCCCAAAGCUACUUACGGACCGCCAAUAAACGUGCAAACUUUACCCGCGAUACCUGAACUGCCUCCAAUUUCUUUGCCGUCGCUGCCACAAUCGAUUGGAGUAGGAGCUAACUUCGGAGCCAUUGAUAACAGCAUAGACCUUGGACAGAACCUUCCCGCACCGAUUUACGGGACUCCCAUUCCUGUAGACUUAGCACCGAACUUCCCUAUCCCAGCUGAGACAUACGGUCCACCUGGUCACUCUCUGGGACCAGUAGGUCCAAACGACCAAGUAGUCGUGCAUGGAAGUGACGUAGGACACUAUGGACCACCUCAGCCAGACCCCAAUCCUCGCCCGCCACACCCAGGCAUUCCAGCACCUCCAACACCACCUCAUGUUCUUUACGACGGCUGGAAACCAAUCCCAGGAGUCUCCAAACCAAUAUUCGACCAGGGUCACCAACAUCACCAGCACCACCAGCAACACCAGCAUAUAGAAGAUCAGUACGGCCCGCCACCACCACCACCCCAAGUCCAAGAGAUCCACUUGAAUCUGGAUGGAAAUUCGCUACCAAAUGCAAACCAGCCACCAUCAUUCGCGGGCGCUCAAAUCACAACUGGCUACUCCAACGUUCACCAAGACGCAUUAGCGAAUAUCGACCUUAAUGCCAUCGUAGGAGGAGACUCCAAUCACAUCGACCAGUCAAAGACAGUAUUUGAAGCACACUACACGGAGCAAGGCCCCCAAUCCGACGUUCACUUCCUUCAGUCUUCAUCUUUGACUUCGGGACCUGAAAAACCAAGCGAUUCCUACGGAGCGCCUCCGUUAGAAUCUCUGUCUAAUGGCCCAUAUCCUCCGUCCCUAAGACAGCAAGGAGCUAAAGGCUUGAUCCCGCCAUCUGGAAUCUACGGAGUCCCACCUGGAGGUCACUAUGGAGUCCCACCGAGACACCCGCCCUCCCACUUGCCCAUUCCUCACGGAACCUUCUCCGGGGGUGGCCAUUCGAUCCACACAGGAGGCCAUAACCCUAGACACCCAAUAAAGUUCAGGGAUUCUGUUCCAGAAGGGCUCCUCCAAACUAUUGGCCAGACAACUCACCAGAAAGACUUCUUAGGAGUCAACCACUUGCAGCAAGGCCCAGCGUAUCUGCCUCCACCGAUCCGUGACGUCAAAGAUGUAAACCACCAGACUGGAAACCACGGCAGCGGAGUAUCUCUAUCCAUCGAACCGUCUAACUUGUACAGUCUACCGCAUGCGGGCAGCCCGAUCAACUUCCAGUCCUUACAACAACAACCGAGCAACCUCUAUGGCUCUCCAAUCGAUUCUUACUCCGUACCACUCCUUACGGUCGGAGUUGGAGACCACGCCACUUCGUCGUCCAAUCAAAACUCAGUCACAGCUACGGUAGAUGGCACUGUUCUGGCCAACUUGAAUCUGUCGAGCCUAGAUGCAGCUGCGAUCCUCAAGCACUGUCCUUAUCACGAGGCUAUACUCAAAGCCGCCAAAUUCGGAGAGAAAAUCCCGUCAGAGCUGGCUUCAAGCUACGUCGCCAGCUUGAGUUCUUUAGGAUCAACUCUGUCAAAGAAUCAGCAAACGUUGAUUUCUCCUCAGAACGGUUUCAACACUCCUGUACCAGGCAGCGAGUCGGUAUCUUACAAUACAAAAGACUUAUCCACUGCUUCACAUACGCUAGUCCAGACCAUUUUACCGAGCAAUGAAAUCAAGAAGGAAAAGACUGAAAAGAACACUAUACAGAAAGGUAAAUCCAUAAAGGAUGAAUCAGGCAAACACAGCUACAAACAAGACGACAGGAUACAGUUUGUCUCACAGCAAAUAUUGCAGACUUCUGAGAAGAUCCGCAACUUGAGCGAGGAGACUAAGCAGCUGCAGCAAAAGAUAGUCUCCAAUAACCAGAAUUUGAACCAACAAUCGCAGUUCAGCCAGUCUGAGAUACCAGUGAAAGGCAAACUGGCUAGCUACUCGCUACAAAUACAGUCAGCUGAGGAUGGUUUAAGAGGCAAAGCUGGUCCUCCUUCAAUACCUCACGAGCAAUUACUCUCCGAAGGUCUUCUACAGAGCAUUCUACAAGCGAUAGAGCAGCCAUCGCAACAGCAGCCUCCUAACUUUAGACCUCAGACUCAGAACUUCAAUUUCGACCAGUCCAACGCCAAAAUCAACUUUGACCAAUCGACUGGUCUUGAUUUCUCCAACAUCGACACUGGGGGCCUAGUCCUGCCGGCUGGAUACGAACCUAUCGAUAGAACGAAGGAAAAACAGAAGACUGUCGACCAGGAGAUCCAAAGCUCCAACAAGGAUAUCAAGCAGAUUCUCAACAGAGAAGUAAUACAUAGCCACAGAGGGGAUAUACCGCACUCUGAUUGCGAUCUGAAAGCUGAUAACUCUGUGACACACACAAUAGUGGUGCCUCCUCCCAACGUUGAGAGUUCAAAUUCGGUUGACGAUAAUGAUGACAAUGACGUUGCAAUUUUCUUUGGAGACUCAAAAGAGGAGAAAAGUGAGCCCGUAACUGAAAUAUCGGUGGCCACUAGCAUAAGCGAAAACGUAGAGGAAUACAGCAAAAAGGAAUUUGGUGAGAAAAUAAAUAAGUCAUGAACUGGGAAUUAGGUGAGAAUCUAGUCUAAUAUUACCAGUGAGCUGAUGACACGAGCGUUGAGACAGUUUUUGACAGUUAAUUUGGUUCUCAUAUCAUUAGUGAGUAUUUUUGGUACCAAUUUAAGUUGA